AUGGCUGCCACUGUGAUCGCCCCGCGUUACAGCAACGACGACUUUGAGACUGGAUCUAUUCGAUCUGCUGCGCCGUCAUAUGACCCUUAUCUCGUCGGUGAGAGGGCUGCAGAGCAGGCUAGGCAGGAACGCCUCAGUCGUGAGAGGGGGGAUGACAUCCUCUUGCAGGAGGAUAAGCGCUGGGAUUGGAUGUUGGCUCAGAUGCGUACUUGGGACGAGCGUGAGAAGGCUUGGUCCCAGUUCCGUCGUGAGAUCCAGACCGGUCAGAGGAAGCGCGUCCUACGUCAUAUCGGUGGACGCUUCCCUUGA